AUGCCUUCGCCUAUAUCCUGUUUCCUCCUAGCGGUUCUUCCCGGUCUCGCCCUGUCCCAGCCGCCAUGCCCGCGCUCCAGCUCGCAUAAUGGUACCGCUGUCGCGGCUGGGAUCCCGUCAGUGCGCCUUGCCAACGGAACCUACCACGGUGUGCGCAACGAUGCGUAUGCGCAGGACUUCUUCCUUGGUAUGCCAUAUGCGCAGCCUCCGACAGGAUCUCUACGCUUCGCUCCGCCCCAACCAUUGACCACGUCCUUCAACGAACCUCGAGCUGCCACCGAAUACGGGCAGCUGUGCGUUGGAUAUGGCUCAGAUACCUCGAACCUCGGAAACAAUGUUUCCGAGGACUGUUUGACUAUCAAUGUGGUUCGCCCGGCCGGCACAAAGGAGGGAGACAACCUACCCGUCGGUGUCUGGGUUCAUGGUGGUAGCUACGUUAUGGGCGGAUCUCGUGACCCGAGGUACAACCUCACCUGGAUAGUUGAUCAGUCUGUUAAAGAGGGCAAGCCAAUGAUUGCCGCAUCGAUCAACUACCGGCUGUCGUACUGGGGCUUCUUGUUCAGCGAAGAGAUGGAGGAAGCCGGUGCUGGCAACAUUGCCUUCAAGGACCAGCGUAUGGCACUACGUUGGGUCCAGGACAACAUCGCUGCAUUUGGCGGAAGCUCUGACAAGGUUACGAUCUGGGGCGAGUCAGCCGGCGCUCGAUCCCUGGGCAUGCAGCUUGUCGCGCAUGAGGGCAAGCACGAUGGCCUUUUCCGCGGUGCCAUCCUCGAGAGCGGAAGCCCGGUGGCCAAAUUCGUCAAUGCUAGCACGUGGCAGCCGUACUUUGAUGCUCUGGUCGCGAAGGCCGGUUGUGCCAGCGCCACAGACCGCCUGAGCUGCUUGAGGGGGCUCGACUGGCAUGUCCUUAACAAUAUCUUCAAUGGCACUACACCGCUUGGUGUGGUAUCGCCUACGCUUAGUGCUGUGCUCGACGGCGACUUCAUCACGGACCAGGGCUCGAACCUUCUCCGCCAGGGUAAAUUCGCCCACGUGCCGCUCCUGCUUGGCAACAACUUCGACGAGGGCACUGCGUACGCCAAGUCGGGCAUCAACACCACGGAGCAGUUCGCAGCCUGGCUCGCUACCCUCGGCCUAAACAGCGACCAAACUACGAGCAUUUUGGACUUGUACCCAGACGACCCUGCUCUGGGUAUUCCCGCUUCUUAUGUAGGCCGCCCUCCAGCUAACCCUUGGGGUCUGCAGUACAAGCGCUCCGCAGCUUUCGCAGGUGACUACCAACAACAUGCCGGGAGGAGACUCACUGCCGAGUCGUAUGCCGGUGCCAGUUUACCCGUGUUUUCUUACAUGUGGAAUGUCUACGUGAACGGGAUCGCAGCGAUCUACGGUGCAACCCACUUCCAGGAAGUCGCCUUCGUUUUUGACAACACUCAGGGGCUCGGCUACGCCACCAACCCAUUCGAGGGAAAACCCGAAACGUUCAAGGAGCUGGCGGACUUGAUGAGCAAAAUGUGGGUUGCUUUCAUCCACAACAGCAACCCCAAUCUGGAGAGUACUUCGUCUCAAAGUGUCGCAUGGCCUUUGUACAGCCUCGACAAGCCCGAUAACUUGGUGUUCGAUGUUAACGUCACUGGUCUAUCGUACAUCGCAACAGAUGAUUACAGAAAGGCAAACAUUGCCUACCUUCAAAAGAGCGUAUUCAUUUAA